AUGAGGCGGUCUGAAGGAUACGCUAGCCCUGGUUCAACUGGCCGGGCUGCCGGGAAGGAGAUAAAAUACAAGGGAGCGCGCCGCCGGCGGUGGGGGAAGUGGGUGUCGGAGAUUCGGAUCCCGGGAAGCCGAAAGCGUCUCUGGCUGGGGUCCUACUCCACCCCUCAGGCCGCCGCAGCCGCCUAUGACACCGCCAUGUUCCUCCUACGUGGACCGUCCUCGUCGAGCAGUCUCAAUUUCCCUGAUCACGUCCCCUUCUCUGGUUGGGUUGUCAUGUCGCCGGAGUCGAUACAAAGAGCGGCGUCGGACUCCGGCAAAGCGGUUGAUGCUCAGCUGAUUUCAAUGGAGGCCGCCGGGGAGCACGGUGGCUUGAGUUACGGAAAGUGA